AGAAAGAAACUCACAAUAUAUAAUUUCCAAAUUUAUUUAUUUUUUACAUGGCUUUACAAAUAAUUUUUGUUGUUUGAACUUUGCAACUCACUUUCCCGUCGCUACUCCGAUUGCGAUGAACCACCGGCCAACAAACAAUUUCCCCUGAAAUCGCAUUUUUCUUAAAAAGAUUCUAAAUGACAACUAGGCGAUUUGUUCAACUCUUGAUCUAUUUGUUAGCUGGAAACUGUUUGCUUGGUGAUUCAGAAUCAGGUCAGGUGGUUGGUUCCCCAUAUCCUAGCUCUGAUAGCAAAAAUGCUAAAUCUUUUUCUCCCAUGAAGCAAUUUCUGAUGCGGUCUUACUAUGACAGAUAUACGAGCUUACAUGAUUCAGAUUUUGAAAUUUUCAUGUCUCAAGAAGUCGCUUCUGGUCUGUGCAAAGUGCUUCCUGAAAACCAUAAUUCCAUGUUAAGAUUGUCAGUUCUAAGACGCGAUCUUGUUGGUGAAGGUUCUCACCGCCGUGUGUCUACAUUAAUCAAAUUACAAACCCAACAGUUGAAGUCUUUGUCUGAUCUUUUAAGCUACUCAUGUGAAUUAAUAAUUAUUGAAAGACUUCCUUCUGGAGUUUUUGCUGAUCCAUUUGAAUUACAACAUCUUGCUCAACGUGGUGUGUUCAAUGAUAUAGCUGUCUUUGGUGAUACAAAUCUCGAGUUACCUUCGUUCUUGUCCAAUCGUUCUGCCGUUGAAAUCCACUUAGAUAUUGAUCCAAAUACAUUGCUACAACCAACUGAUAUCAGCAUAGAGUAUCCUUUGCAUGCACGAUAUCAACCUCUGAAUGAAAGUGGCUACUCAAUAGUCGAAUUUGGUGCACCAGAUACAUUACUGCGCUGCCGCGUGAAGGAAAAGAUGGAAAAUAGCAAUUGCUUGUUCAAAUUGAAAAAUGAUGAUGCCAAUCUGUAUGAUGCUGGUCUUGUUUGGAGAAUACCAUCUGGAAAAAAGGCGCAUUCUGAUCUUGUUUCAACCGUUACAUUUCUUACAGCCUUCUUAUCAACUCUUGUAAUUAUGGUAACAUCAUUGCGUUAUUUUAAUAGCAGAGUGAGUAAAGAUUUGAAACAAUCAUAAAGAUUUUUAUUAGUGCAGCUUUUAUUCCGUGAUUCUAUACAUUCAAUAUUUGUUGUAUACAGUCAAGAAAAAGAAUUUGAUUGAAUUUUUUAUCUCAUAA